AUGAUUUGCUACGAUUAUAUCUUCCUCAUUCUACGACGACACCCAACUGGUCUAAAAGUGGAGGAAAUCGAUGAAAAGAUUAAAGCCAAUGGCAAGGAUUUUGCGCACAGCACUAUCAUGCAGGCCUUAAAAUCUAAAGAGUUCAGAUGCCGGGAGGAAUUAUGGAAACUGACAGAGGAGGCCGGUCGGAUCCGUAUCUUGCCACGAGCGGAGGAUUACAUGACUUGCAAGGCGACUUUGAUCAAAGCUCUUGAACUUUAUGGACCGGGGUCCAUAGAGCAUAUUCGGGAAUCAUGCUUACAGAAAGCGUGCUUACUUACUGAGUACCAAAUUUUGCACCUUCUUUUGACAUACCCGAAUUUUAGAUGCAUGGGCCAUAUUUGGGAUCUCAACUUCAAGCUCAACCCUAUACUCAAUAUUCCCGAGCGACCCGACCAAAUUCUGCCAUCCUUCAAAGAGAUGUUCCCUGUGAAGAUUCUAAGAGUUGUUCCCUCCCAAAAAAUGAUCCAAUUAACCCCCUGA